GCUUAAUUUUGAAUAGUGUUGGAAAAUAGGACAUUUUUCAGACUUCAUACCGGAAACGACAUCUGCAACUCUCGAGAGCAUCGGCUGCCUCGCAUUCGUGUUGUUCGCCAUGUUUUUGUCACAUGGACCGCCAAAGUGCCGUAAUGGCUGUUCUUGACCCGAAUGAAACGAAACAGUUUUAGGGCCGUGUUCGAGAGAACGUGGACCAAAGUCUGCCAAAUGGUUAUGACCACAGACUUACCCUGCACUGGAAACAUGGAUCAAAACCAAACGAAAACCGAUGCACCCUUUGUGGGAAACAAAUUGGCGACGGGUUCUGCUAGCUCGCGAUCGGAACGGCAGGUUACCCGCGUUUUGCGAUCGAAAUCUUCGAUGGCUCUGAAAAAUGGCAGCAGUAGCAGUGAUACACAGAAAGAGCAACUACAACCCAGCACUGAUGUACCGUUAGUUAAGCCGUCGGAGCCAGAAAUCGCUUGUGACGGUAGCAACCAUAAGAUGGACGUUGUCGGUGAAUUAACUCAGUUACGGCAACUUUUGUUACUGCAUUUGGAGCUCAUUCAACAACAACAGGAACAAUUGCAGAUGAAGGAUCGAGAGAUUAAUAAACUAAAAGAAGACAAGGAACAGGUAUAAGCACAUUUGUGUUCUGUUUUCAUAAUGUUUUACUGUCUUAAAUUUCUGCAUACAUAAAACACAGAAUCGCAUAAAUUUUAUUUUUGGAGAGGUCAGCGGCAGAUUCAAACAUGGCGCUCAUAACAGGUCACGUGGAAUAAUUAAUUUGUUGCGCUCGAGAGAUGCCACAUGGCAGAUUUCUUGAAUUUAAUUUUUCGUGUGAACAAUUCCUUUCUUUUUCAUGUUUUCGGGUAGAAAGGCUCUCUCAGAAGCCUUAGUCUUAGACCAUACGUACAAUUAUCACUCUGAAUUUGCCCUGUUAAGUAAAUGUGUUUCAAAUUAAUCAAGUUUCGCGUAAAUUUCGUGUCCCUCUUGCAGUAUCAAUACAGUAAUAUCAACCCAAUAAGUGAUGAGAAUAAGAAGGUGAUUGGUUCAUCCAAUAAAAAAAUUCUCUGUACUAAAAUUUUAAGAAUGGUAUGGCGAACAGUAAGGAGAAUUACCAAUGACAUCUGAGAGUGAAUUCAUGUUGUGUAAUGUUUUGCGAUUUAUCUUUAGCUGAAAAUAAGCCUUUUUUAGGCAGGCAGGUGGUUGGGAUGAGUGAAUUAGUGGGUUAGCGAGCAAUAACAGGCAAAAAAAAUUGAACGAGGAAACACCAACACACAAAUAAUUUUUGGAGAAGUGACAAUUUUGACAACUUCAUUCAUGUAUCAAAGCUUUGAAGUAAACUAGAACCUUAGAGUAUGAUUUUGAUUAUUAUUCUAAUUGGUAAAUAUUUUUGCUCUUUGAUGUUCAUGAAUUUGCUUCCAUGCGUGAGUCAUGAUUCAGCCAGAGAACCAAAAUGUUUCAAGUGCCUAACUCAACUCUUUGGACCUUAACAAUAGUCAAUAAGUGUGAAAUUUCUCCAUACUGUUCUACAUACAUUCCUAAGGAGCUUGCAAGAAGAAUUUGAUUUACAAUCAAGAGCUUCUUAAUAUGGUGAUCAUUUCCUUUAUUGUCAAGAUCUUAAUGUGUGAUUCAGGGGUAAUAUUGUAGUGAGAAAUUAGAUGCUUGUCACUCUUAUGGGUUGAAGGGUAAGACUUAGGAAAGAUUUCUGUGUAACCCUAAAUGCCCAAAUGAACUAUCUUUUUGUUUUUUGUCAUUGUUUUCUUUCUCCAAGAACUAUAUGCAUAAUGAAGUGUGGACUGUGGAGAAAUCUUGCCAAAACUUUUGUAAAAUGCAACAAAAUUGGCCAUAUCUUAUUCUCUUUAUAUGGUAUAACAUUAAAAAGACUGAGUGAGCUCAGAAAUGCACCUAUCAGAGCUGUUGGAAAAAAAAUACUACAUCGUGAGAAAAAUGGAAAACUUAGCUUUUAUUGUUAUUCACCACAAUGAAUAACCACAACCUUUUUUAUGAAAAAGACUGAGUGGUUUCCAAUUUGGUUUUUUACCAUAUGAGAAAUGAACAAUAUGAGACAACCCCAAAGCAAGAGUCUAAGGUGAUAAUCAAAAUUAUGAUUUCAGACAGAAUUAGAUGACAAACUCCUGUUGUCAAUUAAUCAAAUCACAGAAUUAAGGUGCCAACUGAUCCAUAUGAAUGCUUAUAUGAGGGAGGUAGCUGAUUUUUUUAUUAAGUCAAUAAGUUUUUGAUCUUUUAGUCUGUCAUCUGAGUGAGGGUAGUCUGGAGAAUGAAUUUUGGUGGUGGUAUGGACUAAUGUUUCAACAACCUUAGUGGAAGUCGUAAUCUGUGGAGUCAACUCUGAUGAUGACUUCUGCUCAGUUUGUUGGAACUUCAGUCACCAUUCAGGGCAUGAAAUUAAUUUUUUUUUUCUGAUAGCCACUUGGCUCCUAAAUUCAUCAAAGUGGUAGCCAAUUCAAAAAAAGUUGGUCGCCAUUUUGAAAGACAAACAAAACCUUUUUUUACGCUGUCAUCGUUCUAGAAAUUAAGUUAGGGAAAAGAACUUUAACCUGCUACAAAGGGGACACUAGGAUGGAUGAUAUGCAAUGUUUAAGCUCACCUAAAUCCAAGAUGGUGUCUAGUUAUCGAUCGAGAUGCAUCUGCUGCGUUUUGGAAACAAACUUAACGAGGAUUUGUCUUUGCAAAUCUUUUUAAUUCACUAUAUCUCUAGGUAAGGUUAUGAUGAAACAUUCUAGUCGCCAAUUUGGCGACUAAUUUUCAGGAUUUGGUCGCAUUGGCGCCUGUAUUAGGCGCAAUUUCACGCCCUGCCACUACUGAGAGCAGUCAUUCAUAGGACUACUAUUACCUGGUAAUCAGAAUACAAUCAAAUGCUAUUCUGUAAUUGAGACUGAUUACCAUUAAUUACUUUAUUUUUGUAGUUUGAUCAUAACAUUUAUGGUUUAUGUUCAACAUUAUAGCUAGAGUCUCGUAUGCAUCGGUUGGAGAGAAGAAUGGCAGUAAAAAAGAGAAGAGAUGUUAAUGAAGGUUACGAAGAAGUACAGGAAGAAAAGGAUGCAAAGCCAGUGACACCUAAAUGGUAAUGUCAUGCAAAAAUGAAUUGUGUAUGGUGUUCUUGUUAGUUGAGGAAUAAAAGAUCAAUAGCGAAAAAGUAAGCUCACCGGAUGGAAGAUGGAAUCAGAUCAUGUGAAGGAGUGCCAUAGUAAAGUCCUUAGUGCCUCUCAAUGCAACUUCAAAUUCUCCUUGUGUUUUACAUGUGAAUACAAAACAAGUUGAAGGAAGAAUCUAGUGGUCUAUGAAAAGUCACAAAGGGGUAAGGCUGAUUUCUAUGUACUCCUUCAAUUGUUACCAGUCAAGGGUUUAGUCAAGUCUGCAUGAACACACUGGUAAAGAAAAAAAUUUAAUCUCAAACAAACAUUUUUCUGAAGUGGUUUUUGUUUUGAUGUGUCUUGUAGCCGUCGUUUGUCAGUGGAACAAAUGAUGCGGGCCAAACGAGUCCCAGCAACUGCACCAGUUACCAUGACUUCGCAUAUGUGCGAAGAUGUAAGCUAUGACACACACAUGAGAACAGAAAAACUUUACCUGCAUGGUAACUCACCGGAUCUUCCAUAUAAAGCUGUUGAGAGUUCAGCCUCUGAUAGAAUUCAAAGCCAUGUACAGGGUAAAAUAUAACAAUUUGUUUUUUCACCCAGAAUGGAAAGUUCUUUCAAAAUUAGAUUACAGUCCAGUUUGAGCACAGUGUGUCUCACAGGAAAUUCCAAUUGAGUCUGUACACAGCACUUUGUAAUUUGAAAACUCCUGCAGAGCAGGAAAAAGAAUAGGGCCCUUUUUUUCUCAGGGCUCUAACUUCAUUUCCUGUAAUGAAGAGACAAGAGUGUUAAAAUUGAUCUAAGAUUGUAAUUGUUUUGCUUUACUAUGCUCAGUCAAUUGUCCAAAAAAAACCUCACUUAACCUUUUAACUCCCAAUAUCUCAUUAGUAAUUCUCCUUACUAUCUGCCAUACAGUUCUUGUAAUGUUAGUUUGGAGAAUUUGGUAUUGGAUCAACUUAUAAUCCCUUACUUGAUAUUUUUCUAUAAUUCCCUAAUUAAUAAUUUUCUUUAUUCCCAUUACUUGUCUGCAUGAUAUUGUAUUGAUAUUGUAAGGAGAAACUCUGUCUUGGUCACUCAUGAGAGUUAAAGGGUUAACCUUACCUCCUCAAUGAAUUAAGUGUUAAAAUAAAGUUGAUGACAGUUUUGUCACUUAUGGUUUCUAUAAGUUCUUGCCAUUUUCUUACAUGAUGUUGAAUGGCCAUUUUUUAGAAAGACUUUUUAAUACAAGGCUUAGGUGAUUAUAAUAUAUUAGAUACAUCCUCUGGUGACAAAUCUAUUUUUUUAUUUUCAGUUCCUACUUGGCAAGUAAAUGAAAUAGCAGCAGUCAGAACAGGGAAUUCAAAAUCAUUAAAAUUAGCAGGAUCAUCAUCAUCAUCAGAAAACAAUGAGGUAUUCAUUACAUAUGUAAUUUAAUCCAAAGUCAAAGAUAUUCCCAUGCUCCCUGUGCCUUUUACAAUUACUUAAGCUACUAGAGAAAAAUAAUUUAUUCUUACCUGAGACAGAAUUUGUCAAUCAAAAUUUUUUUAAAAUUUUUGCCUCUUCUUCAUCUUGGGGUCUGGGUGUUAAGCCCUUUGAUGUUACUCCAGAAAUGAUUGCCAACUAGCGCUGUACUGCUAGCAGCAGUAUAGUAUGUCAUAUUGAUAUUUCUGUGGACCAUUUUUUCUAAUGUAAGGCUGCCAGAUGGGGACUUUAACCCUUUAGACCCAAGAGUGAUCAGCACUAUAUUUCUCCUUACAAUAAUAUUGCUGAGUCAUUCAUUAAGAUCCUAAGAAAAAGGGAAGUGAUUGCCAACCUAAAAAGCUCUGAUCAUUAAGCAAAUUCUCCUCGUCAGUACCAGAAGAAAAGUACGGAAAAGAGUGAAGAGAAUAAGGAUGCUGAUGUUAGCGUAUUAAAGGUUAAAGAAGUUUGAGUUUACAGCUCAGUUUCAUUUUACUCCUAGAGGUUUUUCUCCCUGUUUUCAGUACAUGCAUUAUCUUGGUAAGGUCUCUUUAGUUAACCUUAGUCAAUUAUUUCCAUAUUUUUCUUUGUAGAGUAUUGACGAUGAUGUAUUUGCAAAAAGGCAUAUGAAACAUGAAGUUGAGGAGAGGAGAAGAAAAAGGUGAGAGCAAAAUGUAUUUUAAAUGGUCCUUAUUUUCUCUCUUUAAAUCAGUCAAAAAAGUUGUGAGUGAAGAGGGAAUUGAAUGUAAUAAGAUCUGGUAAGAAUGAGGAUUGUUUGUAAUUUGAUCAGGCAAAGAAAACUGUACUUGGCAGUGUUGAAAUUCAAUCAUCAGAGCAGAGAGCUUAAUAUUUUAAUUUUUUCAUAAUCAGAACACUUGACAAUAGUGAAAAUAAUGAUCAAUUUAAAAGAAUUAAAUUCUAUUUUUCUUUUGUGAUUUUAGAUGGGAUAUUCAACACAUGCGUGCAAUGCAAGCGCAUCAAAAUCUUGAAAAGAAAAGUAGAGACAGAGAAGAAGCGCGACUGAAAGGGAAAAGAUCUGGAUGUAAAGAUGAGGAUUGCAAAAAUAUUGAAUCAUUCCUUCCACCUCCUGAAGAUGGUAUGAGACUACAGAUACCAGAAUUUGGUUUUUUUGUUGUGACAUUAUACAAAUAAAAACAAUCACUGCACUACCAUCUUUGUAGAAAAUGUUAUUGAUAUGUAAUAAUAAUUGAUGUUAACCUGCUUGGUUUUUUAUGAGCAAGAUUUUAUUGAUGUGAAAAUUUUCAUAUGGGCUUGCAAAUUGAAAAAAAAAAAGAGCCUCAGAUUAACCAGAAUUAUAUCCUAGACUGAGUCCGAUCACCUUAACCCCUUGCAUCCUAAGAUGAAUAUUCAUAUUCUCCCUACUGUUCUCUAUACAUUUCAUAAGGUGUUGGCAUAGAGAAUUUUUUUUUAAGUCAAGAGCUUCUUUAGUUGGGCAUCAUUUCCUUUAUUUUCAUCACCUUAAUGUUUGAUGCAGGGGUGAUAUUGUAAGGAGAAAUUAGAUGCCUGUCACUCUUAGGAGUUCAAGAGUCAAGAAUAAUAGUUUUAUUCUCCAACCUCUAGUGAUGGCAGUUGAAGUUUCCGACACAGUUCCUGUAGUAGCCUUUGGGUUUCCUGUUCCCUUAUUUCAAGAAAGGUAGGUGACCUGUGUAAUACUAUCAUUGGUAAAGCUGUGCAAGCUGCUAGUGAGUUACAUCAUGAGAUUCCAUGCAAGUUUUAAAAGCUGGAAAUACAUUUGACAAUUUUUAUCAUUCAUCAUAGAGAGUAAGUAACCCAACAGUUAGCAGGCUGGACUAGGUGUUGAGAGGCCUGGGCUUGAAACUAGAUAGAGUCUUUGUGUCAUGUUCUUGAGAAGGAAAAUUUACCCUUACAUUGCUUCUCUCUAACUAAGAGCAUAAAUGGGUAUUGGCAAACUUGAUGAAAUGGUGCAGUGGGGAAGGGGGAAGGGGGGAGGCAAGGUUACAGACUUUAAUUUUUUUUUCACAAAGAAUGGACUGGAAUAUCCCCCCCAACAACAACAGAUGUGCAGCACACAGUGAGGAUAGACACUUGUAUUCAUGGUCUAUACUGUAAUUUACGGACCAAGCGGAAAAGAAAAAUGAGGUUCCAUAACUUACAGUACAGACCAAGAGAUAAGGUUAAUAAGAGAUUUAUUAUAUCUCAGUGUUCAAAUAGAGGGGAAGAUUUCAAUUUCAAACAAACUUUUGAAUUUAGUAGGCUGUACAGUGAAAGAUAGCCUGCUAAAUUGACCAAUCAUAGCACACAUACCAACAGAGAGAUAUAUUAAUGAUGAGUAGUGAAGUAAAGUAUCAUGAAAAUUUCUAGAUUGAUAGGAUAAAUGAAUUUUUACCCACAGAGAAUUUGAGAUCCCAUGGUUUAGUCUUGAUAAGAGAGAACUCCUUGAAAGGAAAGGCAAAGUUAGACCAGGGAGAAGUCGAGGGAAACUUCGUGGUCGACGGAAGGGAUAUUGAAAGAGGUGAGGAAUAUUUAGUUACAGCAAUACUCUUGUUAGAGGUGUCAAAAGCUAGUUUUUUUAGAUUAGGAAUGAACAAUGAGGACAAUUGUCAUGUUUAACAAUAGCUGCAAAACUCUUUUGCACCCACUGUCAAUGUUAAUUUAUAACCAAUCAAAAUAAUUCAGCUUAUUAUGUGAAAGGUUUUUGAGAACAAAAAAUUUAGUUGAUUGGUUAAUUGCAUUUUUUUCAAUCCUUGUAUCAAAUCAUGGGUUUUUUGUAGCAUGUGUUUUCACAAACAAGAAGGGUAAAACUGUUUGCAUGUAGUAUUAAGUAUCAAAGAAAAUAAAUUAGCAUUCUCCAAUAUCACUUCUUUGUUAUUAAUUCAAAGUUUUUCUUUUGAUCUUACAGAUGUUGAAUUUGAUGGUGAAAUCUUGACUGAACAACUCACGAAGAAAUGAUUUUACCUUUUUCUUUUCAGUUUUUCGCUAGAGAUAAUAUUACUAAUGAAUACCAAGCACAAAACGUUGUAGUAUUUUAAUUUUUAUAAACAGAAUUUAAGCCAACAAUCUCAAAGGAUCUAUGAAGUAUUGAAUCUAUACUUUGCUUUCAGCAAUUUUCCCAAGUGUUGUGUACUUUGGAAAUGUUCGGGUUAAAGUUGAAGUAUAUUAGUAGGUAGGAUAAUCUACCUACAAUGGUUAGAAAUCCCAAAAGGUUACAAGACUCUUUUGCUAGUGGCCUUUUUAAUUGGACAUUUGAGUCUUACAGACAACUGUUUCUCUUUCCUUUUUUUGUUUUUACCCUUGUGGUUAAAAUGUAGUUUUUACAAUUUGUUUUUGCAUUCAUUUUUCCAAUGUCAGUUUCUGUAUAUUCCUGUAAAAAAAAGUUUGUUUGCACAGCUUCUUCAUCUGACAUUAAUCCUUGUAAGUUGAGUUUGUGUUGUAUAAAAAAUUACUUCAGAUAGUCACUUGAAACCAGAAAAACUCCUGUCAUUUUAUAGAAAUCGACUUACUCCUAAAAAUAUUUUGUUUAGUUUAAGGUGGAUUGAAAUAAGCAGGUAUUAACACAGUUAAGAUAUUAUACAGGCUUAAAGAGAUUGAAGUCUAUUUUGUCCAAUUUUCGCAACUUUCAAACAGCAUAAAAGUAUAACAUGUAGACACCUACUCAAUGUGAAACUGAAAUAUUUCAUUGUUAAAAACAUCUGAUUUGAUUAAAGAAAUAAAGCAAAAAGGA